AUGCAGGAUGACCGUAGGCCGAACUUCAUCUCGCUCAGCUCUGAGACGGUUAUACACAGUGGUGAUUGGGCUCGCUGGAGGUUGCCAGGUAUCAUUCUCAAAUGGGUGUUGUUGUUGCUAAUCGUGUCGGUACUUGUGCUCCAAAUUCUCUGGAGGCUGGUACACGCGUUCGAAAUAUUUGGGCCGGUCUAUAUCACAGAGGCGGGCAUCGAAAUUGGACUCUCGGCCGUAUUCAUUGUGAAGCUGUUAAUCAAUACAUACAUUUGCCCUCUGUUACCGCGUUGGCACACGCUUCGGGACUAUUCGCCUGUGAUUCUGGCUAUUUCGAUUGGUAUGGGAGUGGCCAUCGGCAACCUGUUGUGCUUCAAGUUCACAGAGUCGACUCUCGGACGUUUUCUCCAGGCCGUCGAGCUUUACAUGCUCAUUUUGUUUGUUCUCGUAUCUGCAUUCUACAAGAUGCCCGUCCGUUCAAGUGUCGUUGCCGAGCUUGUGCGACGCAGACUCACGGCUGCAGGCUUUAGAGAUGUCGAAGCUUCUGCGGCCGGCGACAAUCGGCAGUCGCAGUUGUCUAUGGUACAAGCGCCUUACUCAAUGCCAACCGGUAUGGGAGCGUCGCGCGACAAUGGUAGCAACCGCCAGAGGGCGCCGUCAGACCGACCUAGUUUCACUCAGCGCAUCUCAUCGAGCUCGUUUUUCGGUACACGGAUUAUGGCUAGGCGCGGCGGAUCAGGACAGAUUCGUGGGCUUGGAAACGAAGUGGGCAAUGAGGAGGGAGACCAGCGCCGACUUUGGAAUAGAGAUGACCCUGAACCUGGUCCGAGCCCUGGCGGGCAAAGGAGCUUUCGUGGAUCGCUGGAGCAGACACCUGAGCAGACGCCCACUGCAGCAACGCGGGAUGCUCCUGGCUGGAAGGAUCCUGUCUUGACGUCGGUGAUGCCAGACCUGCGCGCGGAACCUUCUUAUCUAGCGCCAGUAGCUCCGAAGGGUAAGGAUUUGGGCUCAUCUGUCCCACAGAUUGUUGUACCGGACGAUGCAUCACAGUACACGACCGACCGCUACUCAACACCCGCUAUACCAUCAACAUUUUCUUAUUCUCGCAACGAGACUGAUUCACCCAUCUAUGGACUUGAUGGAAUAAUCCGGAACCUUCAGAAAGGCGGUACCAGCAGCAGCACUGAGGCACUUCCAGAUACGAACGUCAAUUCGAAUCGCUCAUCUGGUAUCGAGAGUCUUCUACGUCAACAACAAGAACUCGACAGGAGUAUCGCUGGACUUCGCAGAUUUUCCACUACUUCAACGAAUCGCAUACCUCUUCCGCGAACUAACUCAGAAUCUAUACAAAGCGACAUAUCGUUAUCAAACUUCCCAGAGCCACCGUUUUUCCCCAAGUCAUCACUUCUGGACAGCCCGACGUCCGUGGCACAAGGCGGACUGCGUGCGAUUGAGGAAGACAGAAGAUCUGUCUUCGAAACAGAAGUAGACCGAGGAAAGUCCAUGGCUAUCAGCGCGAUCAGUGAUAACAGUAUGAUCGUGGAUGACGUUGCCUUCCAGCUUGUGCCUCCGCGAAUGCCGGCUGUAAUUGCUGAACUGGGUGAGAGAUCUCAGAAUCAAUCCGUGCCCACGAUCUCGCGCGAAAGCUUGGACUCUGUUCUCGACGAUUCAAAUCCUGGGCGUACCGUUCGCCUUGGUUCUCAGGGCACACAGUACGACGUGACUUCAUUCAUCGGUGGUUUAACGACACCCGCAGCUCAGAGGAUGUCUCCUCCACUAACGAACAUAUCAGAACGCGACCGAUCAUCGGGUUCCGAUUCGGGUAGCAACGUCCCAGCAACCAUUGCUGAUGCAACUCAUGUUCAGGUUGUCGACGCCAGCCGCCCCUCCGAAGAAAGUAUUGCAGAUAGCGGAAUAGGGGGUGACACUUCGAAUAGGGUCCCACUAUUUGUUCCGCCUGUCCCAACCGUGUCACCACCUGAACCACAGGACCAACCCCAGGCAGAAUCGCAGGGUCAGCUAAGUCAACCCCAAGGGAUUCGGCCUCUAUUGCUGCCAAGUGGCAAGCCGCUUGGCCGGGGUCGAGGUCGAGGUCUACCUACAGGACCUCGGGGUCGAUUGGAGAUCAGCAAUCCUAUUCGAAGAACUUCGAGCAUCUUAGCUGAGCAAAAUACUUUCCAGAGACCACGACCGGCUCCUCUUGUGCUGCUGCAAGAAGCCAACGACGCUCGGCCGGCGGUCCCGGAGCAGCCUCGAAACGGUGGAUACUUCUAGCGUCCGCAAUCCCCAGCUUCGCAACGUUCUCGUUUAUUAAAUUCUUUGUCGCCAUCAUUUUCCUUUUGUUUUUUUCCUUGCUUUUUUCCCCGCUCAUUCGUCUUAACCUUCGUUUCCUCUCGGGCUUCUUUCUCCGGAAGAUUGGGCAAUUUUCUGAAAUUGGAUGUUUCUUUCGCCCCUAGCGCUUUCUUUCGGGAAGGAAGACCUAGUCCUGUCCUUUUGCAGAUUGCGUUGUUUUCUUGUGGAUCUAACAAAUUGCCUACUUUGAAUUGCUUUGGAGCAUUUUUUGGAAAGUCUGUAGUAGUAAACUUAUUCAUUAUUAGAUGGACUGUGUCCAUGGAUAUGAUAGUUAGUAUUGUGUAGAAUUAG